UCAUCAUCAGCUGUUAUCGAUGCAGAGGUCACGUGGCUUCCGCUCCAGAGUCGACAUUACAACAACAAGACAGGCGAGGCGAGCAGUUGAGGGUCAGGAGGACGGUGCUGGUUGGAGGAAAAAGAUAUUCAGAAAACUGGAGCUGAUUUACUAAGGAACACUUCAUCAGCACCACAAUGGUAUCGCAGAGUCCCUCCAGCUCGCCAAUGCCUCAGAGUCCCUCCAACUCCUCUGCUUCUGACUCCAGCAGUUCAGACAGCACCAGCUCUUCCUCGCCUGCCUCAAUGCCGAAUCUGGACAGCCAGUCAGCCUCUUCCUCCUCUGCUAAUUCCUCUUUCCCAGGAACUAAUGAUGGGUUGAGGUAUCGAAGUGGCUUUCCCUCCUACCAUCCUCAUACUCCCCCUGGUGUCCCUCAUUGCCCAGAUGCAGCAGAGUUCCCUCUGCAAGGUGGCCUCCCGGCCAGCAUGCCCCCCCAUCCAGCCUACAUCCCCAUGCAGAUGCUGUGGUGGCAGCAGAUGUACGCACGCCAAUACUACAUGCAGUAUCAGGCCGCAGUAGCUGCCUCACAGCCUCCCAGCACUUUGUCUCCCUCCUCAUCACCCCAUCAGCCAGCCCAACCCAAUGAAGCUGUGCAGGCUCCGCUGGGUCCCAACCCAGCCCAGGACCCUAAUCAGGAGAACCUGCCUGCCAACCCCAUCCAGAUGAACGCACAGGGUGGGGCGCUGCUGGAUGAUGACGAGUUGAAUCGGGACUGGCUGGACUGGUUGUACACAGUGUCACGUGCUGGUGUUCUGCUGAGCAUCGUCUACUUCUACUCCUCCUUUAGUCGCUUUGUCAUGGUGGUUGGUGCCAUGUUGCUCGUCUACUUGUAAGUCCUUCCACAGAACUGUGUGAAACUCUUAACACACACCUAAUUUCUUCACUCAUUACUUGGAAAAAUGCACCGUUUAGUUAUCUAUUAAAACUGAUUCUAAGAAUCAUGACAAGGACUUGGAUCUCAAAUUGGUUGCCAUUCAAAAUUUCCCCACUUUCCUAGAU